AUGUCCGGAUCAUGGAAACUAGAGAUUCAGCGACUGUCGUGGAGCUACGAUAGCAGAAAGUGGAACGAAUCCCAAACCACGAUUGAUGAGUUGCUAAGCACGGAUAUAUGUCAAUAUCUGGGAUUAAAUAUCUAUUUUCUUCCCACAGUCGAUAUUAGUAGCUCGAUAAAGGUUCUCGUGGACAACAACAAAGACCGUGACAAAGACCGUGUUUUAUCAUGGCGAAGGUGGCGGAGCCUGUUGGAAGACACUGGUUUGGUGUGGCAGAAGGCAUUGGAUGAUCACAAAGAAGCACAAAAAUACAUCAUCUAUCUAGUGUUGUUUUUCUCGGUUAUAUUCUGGUCGACUUUGGCAUACUUGGUUGUGAAUCUCUCUCCACCAGGCGGUGAUGACGAACAAAAGAAUGCCGACUCGAAAUUCCCCGGUUUGUCUCCUGGAUACAGUGCUCAAACUUGUAACAUCAUGAUGACCCACUCUACAGUCACGAGUCACCGCGUCCCCUCAGGAUUAACAUCUAAGAAAGCCACUCCUGCUUCUACCACCACAAGUAUGGUGAGUAAAGGUCCUCCUCCGUCGGCAGUGUUUAGCGAAGAUCCAUCAAAGGGUCUGAUUCUUCGCCAAGUCCUUGAACAACCUCGCAGCAAAGACGAGUAUACUCUUGAGUACACCAAAGCUGAUCAGGCUACUGCAUACUGUACUCUGUGA